AUGACGUUAAUGGAGCUGCAGAACGGCCUCUGUAAAAGCAUGGAGAACAGUAAGUUAAUGAGAUUUGAUGCCAUGCCGAUCACUGAUGAUGCGAGUAUGCAGAGGAUGUUUCAAAUUCACCGGGAGACUCAGAUGCGACACCCACAGAUUGAGGUGUAUGUUGAUUUUGAAACUGUAGAGGCAGUGGCGGUUCAGAAUGAUAUAGAUAUACAUGAUGAUAGAGCUGCAGUGUACCAAGGAAUGAAUAGUGACAGCGAAGAAUGUAGUGGUGGGUCCGCCGAGCAGUCAACCGAUGGACGUUCCACCUUUUAUGCUGUUGUCUUUACCGUACCGGACCGGACCGGAUCGAACCGGAUCGGACCAGACCGGACUAGACCGGACCGGACCGGCCGGUUCGACCGAAAAACUGGCGUUGCCGAUGCUGAGGACGGGGAGUUCCGGAUUGGAAUGGAAUACAGUUCUAGAAAGUCGAUCGUCGCAGCAAUUAGAAGUUUCACUAUUGCCAAAGGAGUUGACUAUGAGGUGUAUGAGUCUGAGCCACAGACGUUCUAUGCAAAAUGCAAGAUGUACGGGCGUGGAUGUGACUGGCUUAUCCGAGCUAGCUUGAUACGGAGAAAAGGUUGUUGGGAGAUACGAAGAUACAACGGUAGACACACGUGCACGGUCGGAGCGAUUUCACAAGAUCAUUCCAAGUUGGACUCAGAUACAGUUGCUGAUGCUAUAAAGCCAUUGGUCGAGACGGACCCGUCCAUCAAGGUGAAAUCUGUAAUUGCGGAAGUCCAGUCAAGGUUCAACUAUACCAUUAGUUACCGAAAGGCUUGGUUGGCAAAGCAGAAGUCCAUAGCCAACGUUUUUGGUGGUUGGGAGGAUUCUUACCAAGCCUUGCCAUGGUGGCUCUCGGUCAUGGUGCAGAAGAUGCCAGGUUCAGUUGUCCAAAUAGAAACACGACCACUGUACAACGGGAAUGAGGAGGCGCAAGGUGUAAAAAUACUUCAUCGUGUAUUUUGGAGUUUCAAUCCAUGCAUUAGGGCAUUCAGGCAUUGCAAGCCCCUGACAGGCUCUCCAUCAAUGGGUAGGCCGAAUAUAUUAGCGACAUCCUCUAAUGUCACUGUAACCUCACCGAUCGGCAACACAAAGGUGUGGGUUUCAGGCCUCCACCUUUCAACCAGAGCAGCUAACAUGGGGUGA